ACCUCUCCAAAACCGAGUCACAGUCAGGUUCGGGGACCCGGGGUGCUAUCAAAAUGAAUUACUGCUUAAUCUUGAUUGAGCCAUCUAUACGUGCAGGUUCAGCUGUCUGUUUACCUCCCUGGACUGCACGCAUUCCCAUCACUGGGUUGAUACCCAACCAUGCAGCGGAGAUCAAGAGGACUUAAUGCUGGGCUUCUUCUGCUCCUUUCUCAAAUCUUCCAAGUUGGGGUCAACAAUAUUCCACCCGUCACUCUAGCAACUUUGGCCGUCAACAUCUGGCUCUUCUUGAGUCCUCUGAAGCCACUACUUAGCUCCUGCCUUAGCGUGGAGACGUGUUACCAGGAGAAGGACUGGCAGCGCUUGCUGCUGUCCCCCAUUCACCACGCAGAUGACUGGCACCUGUACUUCAAUAUGGUGUCUAUGCUGUGGAAAGGAAUACAGCUGGAGAGGAGACUGGGAAGCAGGUGGUUUGCCUACGUCAUCACCACAUUCUCCCUCCUCACCGGGGUGGUGUACCUGUUCUUGGAGUCCGCACUUGCGGAGUUCAUGGGUGAACCUGGCUUCAAAAUGAACUGUGCCGUAGGUUUCUCAGGAGUUUUGUUCGCUCUGAAAGUCCUUAGCAACCAUUACUGCCCGGGAGGCUUUGUCAACGUCUUGGGCUUUCCUGUUCCCAACAGAUUUGCUUGUUGGGCAGAACUUGUAGCGAUUCAUUUAAUCUCUCCGGGGACUUCCUUCGCCGGGCAUCUGGCCGGGAUUCUUGUUGGACUCAUGUACACUCACGGGCCGCUGAAGAAAGUCAUGGAACUGUGCACAGGUAUUUUUUCUUUCAAUACUGGUUACCCAAGACAGCAACCCUACUUUAAUAGUUCAGGCUACCCUGGGUACCGGGAUUAUUACUCUUACGGCCGGGAAGGCUACCGGGAAGAGGCGCCCAGGAGGUACGAUGCGUACACAGCAGGCUUGAGCGAGGAGGAGCAGCUGGAGAGAGCCUUACGGGCCAGCCUCUGGGACCAAGGAAACAGCAGGAGCGUCCCGCCGACCUACGGAUUCCGCCUGUCCCCCGAAGAAGAAACGAGGAGAAGACGGCUUCACAGAUUUGACCACCAGUGAGGACACCCGGCAUCUUGGGCCGACGCACUCCAGGGGUGUAAUCAUCGUCCGUUUGGUGCAUCCCCCCAAACCCUGACCCACUCCUAACAGAGGCAGAGAAGCAGUGUUCACUCCGGGCUGCCCUGUCCUGCUGCUGCUCCCGCCCUUGGGCCGAGGCCGCUCCCCUGGCCUUGUUUUUUCUCACCAGCCAGGUCCGUGCCUCGGCGCAGGGACAAGUGUCCACAGUCCUCUCUUUCCCUGCUGACCCAGCGGUGCCUCUGCCUUGUCUUGUUCUGAAGACAGUGACCUUCACCUUCAGUGACCUUCGCCCCGAGAUUUGCUUUCACUGACCCCAGAGAUCAGGCUUCAUUCUGCCUGGAGAACACUCCCCCCCACCCCGUUCGGCCCUGUGGGGGGUCAGGAGCCGCGCCUUGUCCUCCUGGCACACUGCCAGGUGACUUUCCAGGGACAGGAUGUGGCCAGCGCAGCACUGUGUUCUAGCCAGUCUCCUUUGUGCAGGACCCCAGCUCCUUGGUCCCCUGCAUCCUGACAGGGGUGCUUGGUUCAGUCUCAUGCGGCCCUGCCUUGCAGACUGGGAAGCCCAACUGGGAAAGCUUCGGUCGCACCUCGGGGCAGGGAACCACACUCCUGGGUGUCCAGUAGCACCAGCACUCCAGGCAGCCUCUCCAGUGGCAUCUAUGUCCCGAAUGGGACUCGCGUGUCACCUGGCAGCAAAGGGGCCACACGUAGAAUGGGGCCAAGAUGUGCAGUGGGUGUGUCACUGAGAAAUGGCUCUCGAGGGCGUUGUUUCUUCACAAAAGUGCCUUUUCCCUGGUCACUGUGAGAGGCUGACGGCGCCCCAGGCCCCCCUCCCCCGCCAGGCCUCGGCAGCGCUGUCCGUCCAGGUCCCCUAGACGUUGCCUGGUGCUUGCUUCUACAGCCAAAGCACACUCCUGUGCCACUGAUGUCUUAGUCACUGAGAUAUUUAUUUUUAAAGAGUUAGAAACAGAAAAGGAUCCUUGUAUUUCCACUUAUCUAGCACUUAUGCAGAGUUUUCUGAUUAUGAAAGUAUUAUAAUAUACAGUUCCCUUGUUUAUGCAUAAAGCAAACAUAUUACAGAAGAAAAUAAGCCACGUGUCAGCCGAGGUUAUUUUGGGGAGUGGAGUAGUAGGAUUUUGCUUUCCGUUUUUUAUAAUUUUGUAUUCACUCUUUCAAAAAUGUGUGUACAUGUAUGUGUGUGUAUUACUUUUGCAACAGGAUAACUGAUUCAUAUGAUAAUAAAUCAAGAAACAUAUAAUCAGGAAAAUGGACUAAAUAAGAAAAUUCCCUGUAUGAACAGAAAGACAGAUAAAUGGACCUGCGAUUUGAACAUCGCCAGAGGCUCACCACUCACAGCGCCCAGGGUCAGUGUUCUCGGGCAGCGCUUGCCUGUUUUUCUUUUCUACAUUUGACAAACGGGGAGCGUCCCCACUAUGCAGCUUAGGACCCCGCCCCCGACCUGAACGGACCGGAGAGGCUUCGGCACUUACGCAUAAAUGAACUAAGGAAACCACUUGAUGCCGGGAGCCCUUCGCCCUUCCGUCUGGCACGGUGCGGCCUGGGCUCUGGGGGUUGAUUUAUCAUCGAGGGAGAGCUGUAGCUUGUCUGUAAUAGGAAUUGUGUCUGUGACCCCGGCACCUUUAAACGUGUUUAGAUUAAAACGUCCAGGGCUCAUGCUGCCCCUCCCUCCCCUGAGCCCUGCACUCCGGACUCCCGUUCUCCCCACGGGGAGCAACGCCCCGCCACUCGUCAUCUGCCGACAGCAUGCUGACCAAGCAACCUGGGAGAACGCGUGUGUAAGUCGUGCUCAGCAUUCCUGUGCACAACCGCACAGACGCGUGCCUCCCACACUGGAGCGUGGGUCAUGAGCGGCUGUAGGACUGGGCCCACAUCUUGUCUGCCCUUCUACACUCUCCCCCUCUGCCCCUCCCCCGCUCAACUCCAGCCCUGAGUCCCGGGGCAGCUCAGGGAACGUUAGUUUCCCAUCGGACUGCUUUUUCAAUGCAUUGAAAGUCUACUGCAUUUUGCUGCGUAUAAUGUGCACCCAUGUUUUUGUGCAUCAUCAUACAUGGGAUUAUUAUACCCAUGGUACAUAAUCAUCAUAUCCAUGUAUAGUUAUUUUUCCCUCAGAAAUUUGGGCAAGAAAGUGUGCAUUAUACACAGCAAAAUAUGGUAAUCACUUGGCUCGGAAGUGUGUUUUUUAUUGCCGUCGAGUUCAAGAACAGCAGCUCCGUCCCUGCCGUGUUUGGUCGGACGUGAAGACACCGGGACCGGAUUUGACUGUGAUAUGGAGGACCUUACGGUAACGUGCACGCCGUGUUUGUUUGUGGAGUGGGACAUCCCUACACUUGAGCGAUGCGGGAGAGGUCAUUUUACUCAUAAGUAUAAACCGAUUAUCUUAGCACAACAGUAAAGAUGUUCUGGAAAUUAUGGUAAUUACUUUGUUAACAGAUUUGCCUGUAACCAGGGUGAAUUGUUUUUAAGGUUCAUCCUAUGUGUGAUCUACAAUAAGGAAUCCCCAGAGUUGUGCGAACAAACUUUUUGUUUUCCUGAGGAAAACAAAGGUUCUAAGUGUAACUCUGUGUCGCGGGGACCAAGCGCAUAGAGCUGGUUUCCAAAUUUGACUUCUUUGCUUAGCAGCAAUUUCUUGACUGUCUGCUCAACAUCCACUUCUCACCAUUUAGCCGUGGUCAGUCAGCUGGUGGAGUCUCUCAGUUCGGAAUCUUGGUUCUCAGGACGAGGGCCGGGUUCAAACGGCUUCCCCUGAGCGAUCGGACGCGUUGCCUGUGAUGGCCAAGCAGUUCAGGGCUGCUAGGAUCAGGCCUGGGCCACACCUUGGGCGUCUGUUCUGCCGCCUGGGGAGUGAGUCAGCAAAGGGGCGAGAUCUGCCACCAACGGGCUGGGAGACAGAGGGUGUGUCCAGCCUGGCUUCCUCGUUGUCAGCCUUCAUUUCUCUGCAGAGACUCAGUAUUCAGUAAAGAAAUGUAUUCAAUUAGUCAUUUUUUAAAAACCUAGCAUUUCUUCCUUUGUUUUCCCAUAGAUUAUUACAGUCAUUUUCUAUAUGUUUUUGCCCCCGUCUUCAUUUUAGAAUCACAGACUCUAUGUAGAAGGACUUUAUAAUCUCUCAGUUCACUGCUCUGCUCAGCAGUGACAAACAAUACGCCUGCCCUCGAUUCUACGUAGCCCUGCCUGUCAAUCUUCCCAAACGACUCCUACACCAUCACCCAUCAGCGCCUGCCUCCCUCUGUCUGUUGCCCAAAGAUACAGGUCACACUCACUGGCCCCAACCAUGGGGAGUGCCAGCCAGCCUUUGGGCCUCCUCCCACUUAUCCAGAAGAGUCUGAGCUUGUGCUGACUGGUCUCACUGCCUCAGCUAUGAGUUUUCCUCAUUUUUUGACCGAAUUCUUCAUGUGCUUUGACGUGGGACCACCUCUCUCUGCACCCAUCCAGAUCCUCCCUGUCCUGCCCCAGACACCACAGCCCAGAGGGGGUCUCACGCGCCCCCAUCCGAUCUACUGCUCUUGUUGGGUCUCCGGCAGUGUCCACAGGCCCCUUGGAAUUGCCUGUUAUCCUCAGUGGGGGGCAGCCUUUCUCUCCAGGUUGUAAGCUUCACGGGAGCAGGGACCACGUGUGUUUCUGUGUGUCUCCGUGCACUUUGAACAGGGCUUCAUCUGCAAUAGCGAAGCAGUAAGUGUUCGUGGAAGGAAACCGAGAGCGGCCCCUCGAUGCCGUCAGCACCGGAAUGUGUGAGAUGCGCCUGUUGCUUGUGGACAUUGUUGGGCCCUCUGCUCCCCCCCCGAGUCGCAUCCAGGGGAGGGGAACUUGAAGGGAUGCAUUCCCCCCAGAAAGAGAGAAUUCGGGGCCCUUCCCGAGGCUUCAUAAGAUGACAGCCCUGCUGAUCGUGUGGUGGGGAGACAUCAUGAACCUGUGUCACUUGGAAGGCGCACCCCACUUCAUGGAACACUGAGACCGGGAGCACAACCGAAGAUUCCAGCUUGUCUGACAAGCGUCACCUUGGAGUCCCUGGGAAUACCCCCACCCAGCCCUUGCGCCCUGUGGGUAGGGUUUGAUACCUGUGCUGGCACUUUCUUUUCUCCUCUGGAAUUAAGGGCAGAGGGGGAGUGACCUUGACAUUGUGUUCCAAAGGCGGGCAUGAACUGGCAGACUUGAAAACACAAUUCAUACCUUAUCAAGGAAAAGUGAAACAUCGCUAAUAGAAAUCAUUGAAUUUGCUGGUAAGACAUAUUGCUUCCUAGGAGGAGAAAGGCGUCAGAAAAUCAGUAUUGUGUGGCAUGAAGAGGCUCUUGGGAUCUGGGGCAAAACCUGAGAAACAGCCUGUGCCACAUGGCGCCCUGCACACAAAGCCUGGCCUAGGUCCCUCCUCUGGCCAGAACCCACUGGCCAGGGCGUCUGCCAGGAAGCUGACGUUCUUUUGUUCUCAUGGCAGUUCCCCCGUAAAUACCUGCAGGGAGGUGCUAAAACCAAAUCAAACCACAAAAAGUCUGCGACUUCAUAGAUUUUGGGUAUUUAUUUGAGGUCCUUAAAAGUUAUUGCUUACCUUUAAUCUUGAGAUGCUGCCUCUUUUUAUAAGAUUCUCUACCCUAACGAUUAAAAUUAGACCGAUCCCAGGGGCUUACGACCAGCAGCUGUGCCCGUCAGAAAUGGGCCGGCUGGCAGGAUCAGAUGCGUGAGUUGCCAUAGUUACUCCUGCAUCGUGAGAGCAGAAUACACGGGGAUCCAGCCUGCACGCAUCGUCCCGGGAAUGGACCCGCCAUUCACCAUGUGCCCUGGAAAGCAGACGGAGUGCUUUGCCACCAGAAGAAAAUUUUACCCCCAGUUUUAAAGCUUUCCCUAGCUUUUCCAGCCACAUAGAUUCCAUUGAUAACUGGAUGAGACUUUUGUGUUAAGCUGAUAAAACCAUACCCAUGAAGCGUACAGUCAUCAAGGAUGCAAGCCACGUCCCACAGUCGUGUGUCACAGGAAGCAGUCCCUUGCUGGCCAGUGGAGAAUUAACAAUGGCCCAGUUGGCUGGCACUGCAGUGACCGAGCCGCCAGGUGGGGGGCCUCCAGGUGCUUCUUUCUCCAGCUCAGAGCAGUUCUCCAGAGUGGCUGAUCUUGGACAGCACAGGGCUCCCGAGCCCUGGCUGGUUUGCAGGUGACCCUGCAACACAGGCCUCCCGGGCUCCCCCCAGAUCGCCCUGACCUCAUGGUGCCCUGCCCUGUCCCUCCAAGGGCAGCCUCAGACUGUCUCCGAGCCACAUGGGGCAGGCUCCCUAGGGGCUCCUGGCAGGGCCUGGCAGGGACAGCAUCAGCUCAGGGCCCCAGAGUGACAUCUCUGUAGGACCCUCUACUUUCUAAGCAAUCCAUGAACCAGGAAGCUCAUGGGAAGAAGCACAAUGCGGUGUCCCCUAGAGCAAGUUACUUAUUCUCUCUAAACCUCAGCCUCCUUGCCUGCAACAGGGGAGAGGAGUGCUUGAGAGGGAGCAUAUGCAGCAGGGUUAAUGCAGUUCACUCACCCAAUUCCUGAGAACAAAUAGCUCACGAAAUGUUCAGUAUCGUUACAUCUCUCAGGCAAGAGGUUGGGCCAAAGUCCACUGACCUUGCCCCCUAGUUAAAAGGAGUCACUCUGUGAAACAGUCAUUGCCUGCCUGCCCUGCACCUGUGUGCACUGGGUUACGGGAGACUGUAAUCACGUCCUAAUCCCCAGCUCCCAGUUGCUACGCUUACCAGCAAGAGUGCGUUACACUGGAGCCUCUUUGUAGUUGUCUCUUUCCGUUGAAAUCCUGAAAUCCUCAGAACAACACUGUGAAGCAAGCAGUCUCAUUCUCCUCCAACUAAUGGGGAAACUGAGGCCCACAGGGUGUGCACCCCAGCCCACUGCCCAAGCUGCACAACGGGGUGAUGUGGACCCCUGGCCCUGGGACCUGGUUGCCUGCCCACCCCCCACCCCAUCACUGGGCGCAGGACACUGCUUCCUGCAGCCUGGGAAUCCCAUCCUCUCCCUAGCAAAGGGGGUCAAGUUCUAGGCCCCCACACUCUUCACGUCGGUGGCACACAUUUCCACCACGUGAGCCCUCCUGUUCUCCCCACUAAGCCAGCUGCAAGGAGGCCGUAUUUCAAGAUAGGGGAAAAAACAGAUUCACUUUGGCUUGAAAGAAAAUAAAUGCACCAGAUCCAUCGCGGUUGUUUUGGGAGGUCAUCACAGAACUUUAUAGAUAAUCAAUGAUAUUAAAAAUUGUAAUACAACAAAGACGUAAGUGUCAAUAGCAGACCAGGCACCUUGCAAAUGGGACAUGUUAAAAGUCUUUAACUUUACAACCAUAGGUUAGAGAAAGGGAUGCAAUUUAUUGGACUUGUUUCACAUUUUUCCUAUGAAUCAUUAAAUAUUUAAGCACCAUAAAAUUCCAGCAUCUUGCAGGGCUGUGGCAGCCAGGCCCUGGUGGUUUCCAGCGCAUUAUGCAGACUCUCUUGGGAGAUAAUAACAAUGACAAUCGCGGAGUCCUGAUUUUUCAUGUCAAUUGUUUUGUUUCCGGCAGAACUUCCUGCUAAUGGCGCUGCAAGAAUCGUGACUUUUGGGUGUGUGGUAUAGUAAUUUUAAGAAUUGACAUAAAUAGCAUUUUCAGAUGCUAAGAAUUGGCCAGGUUUCUAAUUAGUCAUUUAUAUGUGAGUGAGACUCAUAAUUCUAUGUUAAAAAGAAACAAAUAUUUUUCAUAUUAAGUGGUUUGUUUUAAAUAGAACAUGUGACCAUAAUCAGUGUACAGCGAUUGCUGUGUAUUAGCCAUGCAAUCAAACUUCAUUUCCGGUGCGAGAGUACGUGCGACACCCCAUUUUAUUCAUGAGAAAAGAGGGGCCCAGGGAACUGGUGUAACUCACCCAAGGUACCAGCAGAGAGUGCCUGGGCCAGAUUCAAACCUGGGUUCAACCAGCUUGAAGGUCCACAUUUUCCCACUCUCCUUAAAACCAUACCAAAUAAAAGUGACGAUCAUCCAAUUAGUGUGGUGAACUCACGGAAACACAAACCUAAUGUGCUUCUCUGGGACCCACAGAAUGAUCUGCUUCACUGUCAUGUCUAAGAGGCUCAAAGUACAAUCUUCGGGGAGCUCCAGUCAUCACGCACCAUCCCGCUGACUCUUCCUAAGCACCAGUGACAUGGGCACCGAGCUUGUAGCGGAGACCUUGUACUAGGAAGCUCUCACACCUCGAGAGAGGACAGGGUUCCUCCCGAGUCAAGUCAUGUCCCAUUUCCAUGAAAAGUCUUCUCUCAGCCAAAUCUCUCAGAUCCCAUCUGUGCAAUUUCAGUUUCUGCAAAAACAGCUAGCUCUUCUCCAGGAGCAGGUGAUGGUUCAAGUUUAUCAAUUGGCUUCCUGUGAAUGGUCGUGAGAAGAGAUCAAGGCUGUGCCCAUAGGUUGUCACCUUCAAAGACUUCGGAAUAAGAAAUGGUCGAUGCUGGUUACCAUUUUGCUAAUGAGAAGCCCAGGUGCAGAGCAAAAGCUCUAAUGCCUUGUGGUGCCCACUGAGUUGUCAGUGAAAAAAGAACUGUGUUGACAUGGGCUCAGCUCUGAGUGGGUACUGGGCACACAGGUGAGUGGAGCCUGGUCCUGCCCUGGCAGGUACGGACAGGGAGGGGCUUACAUUCUAGCCAGAGAGAGAAGGAAGUGUGAUGAGACAGGACAGGAGCCAUGGGGGGAUGGGAGCCCGUGGGUGGGCAGCUCCAGGUCUCCUGGAGGAAUUCAUAGACGCUCCUCUUCCUCAACUCAGUCAGUCUUAGAAGAUAAGGCAUUGGCUGUCGGGUCAGUUUCAGGGGGGUCAGGGAGGCGUCACUGGUAGAAACAGCAGGAGCUUCAAUCUCAGGUGCUCAAAAACAUGUAGCAUACCAUAGCACGGUUUAAAAGAAUCAAUAAGUGGGUUGCAUGAACUCGGGACAUCCAGAAAGCAUUUCAUCUCAAAGUAUACCCUUUCCUUCUUACUAGGAAAUAUUCUUAAAAUGCAUUGUCAUCCAGGGACACCCCUAACAAGACCCAUGGGAAGUGUGUUCUGCUCAUAAGGGCACAUUCACCGUCAGUGUUCCACAUGGCAAAUAUUUCUUAUAAACAAACUUCUGAUUCAGUUUUCCUCCUCUCAAUUAUUUGUAAGUGCAUUGAAACUAAGCACUAAAAUGUGUCCCUUUCUCAUGAGAAAUGUCUUUCAUUUUCUCUAAAAUGACAUUUUU